AUGUUGCCGCUGAUUUUGCUGUCACUGCAACUUGCGAACUCCUUGCUGCCGGUAUCAGCGGUUGACAACGGGCUGGCGCGCACGCCUCCGCUGGGCUGGAACUCAUGGAAUCGUUUUCAAUGCGACAUAUCGGAAGAGACCAUACUCUCAGCCGCGAACUCGCUCGUUAGCACCGGCCUGAAAGACAUCGGCUACGAAUAUGUGAUCAUAGAUGAUUGUUGGCAUGCUGAUUCCAGAGACCCUGAGACCAACGAGCCGCUUCCCAAUCCCGACACGUUCCCCAGUGGAAUCAAAAGCCUAAGUGAUCAAAUCCAUUCCCUAGGCUUGAAGUUCGGGAUAUACAGCGAUGCUGGCCUGUAUACUUGUGCCCGCCGCUUUGGCUCUCUAGGUUACGAAGAAAUCGACGCGAAGACCUACGCGAGCUGGGGCGUGGAUUACCUCAAGUAUGACAAUUGCUUCAAUGAAGGACUCUCGGGGAACACGUCGAUAUCGUAUUCUAGGUACACCGUUGUAACGAUGCUUGCACCCAAGUAUAGGCUGACGCUCGAAAGGUACGAGAAAAUGGCGAAAGCACUCAACGCUACCGGAAGGCCUAUCGUAUACGCUAUGUGCAACUGGGGUGAGGACCACUCAUGGACGUGGGCUGGCGAACUGGCGAACUCUUGGCGUAUGUCGGGUGAUAUAGGGGAUCUGUUCACCGGCUACCACCCAUGGUGCCCGUGCACAUCCCUAGAGAACUGCACUAAUUUCGGAGCUCGCUGUUCCGUAACGCGAAUCCUCGACUGGGCAGCAGACAUUGUGCCCUACUCAGAUCCGGGGGGGUGGGCGGACCUGGAUAUGCUGGAGGUUGGGAAUGGUAAUAUGACGAAAGACGAGUAUAUCACCCAUUUUUCGAUGUGGGCGCUCGUCAAGAGCCCUCUCAUCCUAGGCAAUGAUCUCGCCAACAUGAGCAAGGACACACUCGAGAUCAUCAGCAACAAGGAAAUCCUCGCGGUUAAUCAGGAUCCCUUGGGCAUCGCUGCUAGUCGCGUUUGGCAAGUCUCUGUCGAGGAAGGAGGGGAUAUCCAGCUUUGGAUCGGCCCGCUGGAACAUGGAGCGACAGUCGUAGCGGUGGUCAACACAUCCCCCACUAACGCGACGGUCUCGGUACCGUGGACAGACAUCCUUCCAUACGAGCUCACCUCCGAGCAACCUGUCCACGUUUUUGACCUCUGGCAGCGAGCUGACGACGCGCAGUGGGGCCUAUAUCUGGGAUCCUUGGGCUCGUCCUUCUCAUUCUCCAGCACAAUGAAAUUGAGGAGUCACGAAACUAAGGUUUACCGACUUGUACCGCAAGCAAGCCACGCAGAAGGUGACCAGUUCAGAGUCCAAGCCUAA